AUGCGUCAUUUAAUCGAUGAAUGCGCCGACAUACUUAAUUGCCAUCCAAAGUCUCUUCGCGAUCAUUUAAACCACCCGGCAAAGCGUGCCAUUCUACAUUCGAAGCUCAAAGGAAGGAUUGUUCGAACCCUUUAUUCUGAUCGUAACGACUUCCGCAAAACUUUCACAUUCCACGGAUUCACGCAUAAAGGUUCCGAUCAUUACCCACCAAUUACUUUAAAAUUUCAUUAA